UGCAACACUAUAGCACUACUAAUGUUUGUAGCUUAGUUGAUUCUGUUUACAGUUCUCAGGGCCGAAAUUGAACUCUCCUGAAAUUUUGGUUUGUUCUACAUCCACUGUGUGUCAUCCUAGCCUAUUUUUCCCCCUCCCUUUCUCUCUCUCUCUCAAAGAAAAGUACUCCCUCCGUUUCUUUUUAUUAGUCGCUAGAUAGUGUAAUUUUACACUAUCCAGCGACUAAUAAAAAGAAACGGAGAGAGUAUGUAGUAUGCAUUUCAGGUUCUUUGUUAAUAGGCUGGAUUUUUCCUAGGAUUUGGAGUUUUCCUCUGCAUGCUUGUUGUUCUCUCCCUCCCUGCUGCUGCUGUCUCUAUGGAGUCUAGGAAAUUGUAGCUCGGCAAAAUGACAAGUUAGGGCAGAAAGAAAGAAACAGAAGGGAUGCAGCUCAUGCUUACGACUCCAUCCACCGAUUUAAACUGCGCUGACCGGCAUCACUCCGACGAGCUUGAGGUGCUCCUCUCAGCACAAGGCAGCCACCACCACCAGAGCCACAGCCACAGGCACAGCCACCCUGCUUCUCCGGUGAUCCCUCCGCAGCUCAGCAGCUCUCUGCUAACGAUGCAAGACCUAGGGUUCCAAUGGAGCAACUGCGGCGGCGGCUUCCUAGACACCUCACCGUCCACGCCGCCGACGAACGGGCAGCUGCAGCACGAUGGCCACGACGACGACAAGAUCGAGGCGGAGGGCACGCUUAUUACUAACUCGUCAAGGCCAUCGUGUGCGGGCACAGCCACGAUAGCCGCCAGCUGCCACGACGUCGUCCUCCACGGCGGCGGCGGCGGCGGCACCGUGCUCCCGACCAUAAACAUCUCGCUGACGACGACGACGACGACGCACACGCAGGCGCAGCAGCAGCAGCGACCGUUCCUGGCGGCGCCGCCGCCUCUCCCGGGCGACGCGUUCGAGAUACUACUGGCCUCGUCGAGGCUGUGCAAGACCCUGCUGCUUAGCCAAGCUGCUGCUUCUUCUUCUUCUUCUUCGGUGCUGCUCCACGACGACGGCACGAUCAGCACGGUGCCUUCGCUGAGAUCGGAGUCGGAGCAUGUGGCCUAUGGCUAUGGCGGCGGCCCUCCUCCUCCUGCUCCUGCCGCUGCUCAUCGUCCCCGAGGACGACGACCAUCCGUUGACAACUACAAGCAGCAGAUGGGCGCCGCCGCCUGUGCCGCGGGAGCAGGCCGCCAGUGGAGCGCGGAGCACGGAGGGCGAGCCGCCGCCUGUGAAGAAAGGGCGGCAGCGGCACCAGCACGCCGCCCGGUGGUGGUGCCAUGGAAGAAGCCUCGACUCGAGCAGCGCUCCGGCUCCGGCUCCGGCUCCGGCUCCUCCACCACCAUCCUCCCUUCUUUCGAGGUACGGAAAGAGAAGUUAGGGGACCGGAUCGCUGCCCUCCAGCAGCUCGUCUCGCCAUUCGGCAAGACCGAUACCGCGUCUGUGCUCAUGGAGGCCAUUGGCUACAUCAAGUUCCUCCAAGACCAAGUCGAGACUUUGAGCCGCCCCUACUUGAAGUCGUCCAGAAGUAGCAAGAAGCCCAGGCCGACGCACCAGCGGGGGUGUUGGAACGCCAGCGCUGCAGGGGAGGAGCAGGAGCAGGAGGAGACGACGACGAGGAGGCGGCGGCCUGACCUCCGCAGCAGAGGGCUCUGCCUCGUGCCCCUCUCCUGCACGUCCUACGUCACCAACGAGAACGGGGCCUGGGUUCCUUCCCAAUUUUAAUUUUAGGGGAGACUACUAGCUAUAGAGAUCAGAGGAGCAGAGACAACACUGUACCACGAACUAAUCCACGGUUAAUAUCACCUCACAUCUCUGCUCUGCUCAUGUUGUUGUCUGUGUCUCUUUGCCUUGGCCCUUGGCCGUAAAUACCAGUCAGUUUCUAUAAAAUUCUCUUCGUCUACAGACGCAGCCAGCCCCAC